AUGCUUCUGACUCUUGUUGGCGUCCUUGCAGCCGGCGUGGCUGCCGUGCCAGGCCCUGUGGUACACAAUGGUCGAGGCAUGGGACCCAAAAUCCAAGUCUCGCCACGACAACUUCCUGCAGAGCCUACCGAUGUCCAGACCAUCAUCAGUCCCAGUGGUGUUAACAUCACUUACAAAGAGCCUGGAAAGGAAGGAGUCUGUGAGACCACUCCGGGCGUGAACUCCUACGCUGGGUUCAUCAACCUCGCCGAGAAUGUUCACAGCUUCUUCUGGUUCUUCGAAUCCAGGAAUGAUCCUGCAAACGAUCCAAUCACCCUCUGGCUGAAUGGAGGCCCUGGAAGUGAUUCUCUCAUCGGCUUGUUCCAAGAACACGGACCGUGCAACGUUACCGAAGAGCUCGUGUCGCAGCUGAACCCAUACUCCUGGAACGAAGCUUCCAACAUGUUAUAUCUCAGCCAGCCUCUCGGCGUUGGUUUCUCAUACGGUUCCAAGGAACCGGGUUCAUUGGACGAUUUUGGGGGAUUCUUGAAUGCAUCCCAGGCGAAUGUCACCGGCAGAUAUCCAGUCAUCAAUAUCACUGCUAUUGACACUACACAGCUGGCUGCUGUCGCUGCUUGGGAAGUCUUGCAAGGCUUCUACUCGGCCUUGCCUCAGCUUGAUUCCAGAGUCGAAUCUACCAAGUUCAACCUGUGGACAGAAUCCUACGGAGGACACUAUGGCCCAGCAUUCUUCAACUAUUUCCAACAGCAAAACCAGGCCAUCAAGAACGGCACCCAGACUGGCAAGUAUUUCGAAUUCGUGAACCUAGGCAUCAUCAACGGCAUCAUCUCCGAAUACAUCCAGGCUCCAUACUAUCCCAAAUUUGCUGUUGAGAACACCUACGGCAUCCAACUCGUUAACCAGACCGUGCACGAUUACAUGGAGUUUGCCUGCUUUAUGUCCGGUGGCUGUCUAGACCAGAUUACAUGGUGUUCUGAGACCGACACCAGCACGCUCAUCGGCCAGGCAGUCUGCAGUGAGGCUCAAUCCAUGUGUCGUGACAAUGUGGAGAGUCCUUACUAUUACUAUGGCGACCGAGGUGUCUACGAUAUCCGCCACCCAUACGAUGAUCCAACUCCACCAACAUACUUUAUCGACUACCUAAACCAGGCUUCCAUCCAAAACGCCUUGGGGGUGGACACAAACUACACUUCCGACGCAAAUGACGAGGUAUACUAUGGCUUCCAACAGACUGGAGACUUUGUCUACAUCAACCUUUUAGAAGACCUGGAAACAAUCAUCAACAGUUCCUCUGUCCGCGUGACCCUCGCAUACGGCGACGCAGACUAUAUUUGCAACUGGUUCGGGGGCGAGGCUGUCUCGCUUGCUGCGCAGUGGCCCCAUGCUGCUGAGUUCGCCGCUUCAGGGUACACGCCCUUUGUCGUCGAUGGAGUAGAGUAUGGCGAGACGCGUGAGUACGGGAACUUCUCGUUUACCAGAGUCUAUGAGUCUGGUCAUGAGGUGCCUUACUACCAACCUGUUGCCGCUCUGGCACUUUUUGAACGUGCGAUCAAUGGCAAGGAUAUUGCUACUGGAACCAAGCCUGUUAACGGCGACAAUGGUGGCACGACCGGUGACGCUACAGCCACCCAUACCGAAUCGUUCGUGCCUCUACCCAGCACUACGGCUGCUUCAAGUGCUAGCGCAGCCGUUCUCCCACGGUUCAGGAGAUGGGACUCUUGA